AGAAAUAUAGACACGCUAGCUGAAAAGGGUCGACAGGAAUUACGCCGUCUAAACCCGGUAGUCAGUAUUAGACUCCCACGACUGGAUAGUGUGAGCAGUAUGGCGUUUCAAAUGUCAAAACUUGGCACUCGUUUUCAGAUCUCAAAAAGCCUUGCUUCCUCGUCCUUAUCUCAGAGCAAACUUCUUUAUAACACAUCGUCUGCCAACAAAUUCGACUUUAUAAAUCGUCAGGCAAGGAGAGCAUUCCACGCAGUUCUGCGUACUCGUGAAGGGUCGACAUAUUCCAGACUAUUCAGUUCCCCGCCAAGUCCGAUCCAGUGCAAGGUGUUAAAUAUAGCCAAACGGUUGGAGAAGUUUUCGACCACCUCUUCGACCUCAAAGCAAUUCCAGUGGCAGAGCAGAAGCACGUCUAAACCGCAGGGGAGCUUUUCCACUUCGGUUACGAUCGGUCUUGGCGUUUUAGGGUUCUCUGCAGCAGUUAUUGCAACGCUGCACUCGAGUGCAACUCAUGCCAUGGCAGCUCGGACUGACUUGAACUUGGACUCGGAUAAAACAGACUGGAAAGAGGCAAAAAAUGUGCUUCUGUCCAUGGGUCAGAAGGAAAGAAGGGCAAUGUACAGAACUGACCACUUGGCCCUGGAUCAAGUGCCUGUCUGGACUCAAUCAGGUAGUUAUGAUGGAGAGGUUCUUUAUAAGAGUAAUGAUAAACUGACUCAGAAAAUAUCCCUAUUCCGUGGAGACAUCACAAAACUGGAGAUUGAUGCACUUGUCAAUGCAGCCAACAAGACCCUUUUGGGAGGUGGAGGAGUGGAUGGAGCCAUUCACAGAGGAGCUGGUCCUUUACUGAAGAAGGAAUGUUCCACUUUGGGAGGGUGUGAAACUGGGGAGGCCAAAAUCACCGGGGCGUAUGGCCUACCUGCUAAAUAUGUGAUUCACACGGUGGGGCCCAUCGCUCUCGGUUCCGUGGGAGACGCGGAGAGACGAGGCCUCCGAGACUGCUACUACAACAGUUUAAACGUAGCCGUGAAAAACCAGCUGCGUACAGUGGCUUUCCCUUGUAUCUCUACUGGAGUAUAUGGAUACCCACCUGAGCAAGCAGUUGAAAUUGCGCUGACAACAGUGAGAGAAUUUCUGGAUGAACACCAUGCACAGCUGGACCGGGUCAUCUUUUGUGUGUUUCUGAAAUCAGAUGAGGAUCUGUAUAAGAAGAGAAUUCCUGCUUACUUCCCUCAAGGCCCAUCACUGAAGAGUAAGCUAUGAGAGCUGUAGUUGCUGUGGAACAGUUAUCACACUUCACACAAUCCAAGGGAUUCUUACUCAUCGUCUUCAUCAUUCUGCCGCCUCCUGAUUUCCGCUUAUAUAUCAGCUAACCGCAUCGUAUAAAAUUAUUUCUCAAAAAUGAUUGACAUUGUAGACUUCUGUCCCUCAGUAAUUAUUCCUGUGUUUGUCUGCACUGGCAAAUUGUAUGUACAAUAUUAGUCUGACUCUAAGUGGCUAAUCAGUCAUCAUUCGCAUAGUGAGCAUCAGCUGUUUGACACAGAUGUGAAUGUAAUGUCAGUAAAAUAGCUUAAUGUAUUUAAUAUCACUCAAACUGUUGAACUAUAGUAAUGUGUAUUAAAUUUGAUGGGAAUGGAACACACAGAGCCAGCUAAACAUUGAAAAUGGGAUUUGAAUCAGCACAAGCAUAUUAAACACCAUUUACACAGCUCUAUUGAAAUUAAUGCCAAUGAUCUUUACACUUGACCUACAAUGAAAUAGCCAUACUUCUACUCUUUCAGUGUACUUUAUGUCUGUCGCUAUGAUAAAGGAUUCUCAUUAAAGUGUAUUCCCACAC